UGACCAGUGGGUGUGGCAGUUUAUGGAAAAUGGCUAGCUGGGGAAGGGCUGCUGGAGUUUUGAGAAACUUUUUGACUAGACCUUGGUCGUAUAGAGCGCUGCAUCGUGCCUUGGGACCUGGCAUUUUGGGGUCUCUCGUUGGAAGCGGACUGAUAUAUUAUCACUAUGAACGGAGUAAAAUGUUUUUUCCCUUCACCGUUCAUGCCGAGGAAGAAAAGUUGCUUCCAGUGUUCCAGCUGUCUGCCAGACGGAUGUGCUUCAACCAGUUUGCUUCCAUGACGUACAAUAAGGAACUCUACAUGACACCAAGGGAUUUCCUCUUCUCAAUCAUGUUGGAGAAUGUCGACCGUAAAUUACCAAAGAAAGCUCUAACCAAAAAGGAGGUGGAUAAGAUGCUGGAUGCUGCCUCACUGGUCCAGGCAGGUAACAGUCUGUUCAGACACUUCGGAGACGAUGGUCUGAUAUCCUACACAGAGUACCUGUUCCUGUUGACUAUUCUGACCAAGCCACACACAGGAUUUCAUAUAGCUUUCAAAAUGCUUGAUAUUGAUGGCAAUGAGCAUGUGGACAGAAAGGAGUUUCUCAAGCUCAAGAAAAUCAUUGGGAAAAGAAAAGAGACCGUGCCUAAGGAAGGUGCCACAGAUGUGAAACCAGUCGCAGAGGGGGAUGAUGUGAACACUACACUGCAGGCCUUCUUCUUUGGCAGGAAUGGUGAAAACAAGCUUCAGUACAAGGGAUUUUGCAGGUUCAUGGAGGACCUGCAGGCGGAGGUGCAGGAGAUGGAGUUCCUGCAGUUCUCCAAAGGUAUGGACACCAUGCGGCGGGAGGACUUUGCCGAGUGGCUGCUGCACUACACCAACGAGGAAGCCAACGAGGCCUACUGGGAGAACAUGAGGAAGAGGAUCCCUGCGGGCCAGAGCAUCACAUUUGACGAGUUCAAAGCGUUCUGCCUCUUUACCAACAACCUGGAGGACUUUGCCUUCUCUGUGAAAAUGAUAAGUGAAGCCAACCGACCUAUCGGAAUGGUCCAAUUUAGGCGAGCUGUGAAGAUUGCCACAGGGCACGACCUCUCUGAGAACGUGCUAGACACUGUGUUCAAGAUCUUUGACCUGGACGGCGAUAACUGUCUGAGCCACAAGGAGUUUAUCGGAGUGAUGGAAGACAGAGUACUGCGCGGCUUGAAGGUGCAGCCCCAGCGUGGCAUCACAAAUUACUGGAAGUGUGUGAAGAGGGAGACCCUAAAGGGGGCCCAAGAGGCCCUCCGGGACACCGGAAGCCCUUUUUGAGGGGCUAGGCCAUUGGAUGGAGAAGCCUCUUAAGAGUGUUCACUGGGUGACUCCAAUGUAAAGCAUUGAUGGCUGACCACUAGUUGACCAUUAUCACUGGAUAUUUGUUAAUGGAAUAUAAACAUGUUCCAAAUGAACUAAAUCAAUGUUUUUUAGGAUUUUUGUUUGCGAAAAUAUAAUUGCAAUAUACAGCACAUAAUCUAUAGGUGAGGUUUAUUCUAAUAUAAAUGGGUUGUUGUGAUGCUUGAUACCAGUCUAUGCAUACAAGGCAUAUAAACGUGAGAUCUUUUUACAUUUUAUUGAAAGUGUCUUGGCACUUUUUACCUUAUUUCCCUCAAAUGCAAGUGAUUUGUUUACAGGCAGACAUGGUGUACUGUGGUAUCAUUUGAAAGUUCUAAACUGUUGAGUCAUAUAGGUGGAAAGAGUCAUGUUUGAAAUAUGUUUGUCUUCAACACAUUGCUAAAUACAGUUGUGUUGUAAUAUAUUGGCACCCUUGCACAAUUCACUUUGAUUUCUUCAAUAAGUUGACAUUUAAAGUUAUUGUUCACCCAUGUAUUUAAGAACUGCGCAGGAUCAAAAAAAAAAUCUGAAAUUAAGAUUGUUCACUACAAAGUCAAAAUGGUGUGGACAAAAUAAUUCAGAAUUCCAAUUAAUUUGGUUGAAGGAAGGAGAUUCUUGUUUACGAUGUGAUUUUUCACCUGUGGUAAGUUGCAUGUGCUUACAGGGUGCAAAGCUAUUCAAUAUGUUUUGAAAACAGAACAUUCUGCUCCAUUUCAUUCCAUUGUAAAGUGCAAGGGUGCCAAUCUAUUAGAUCAUAGCUGUGUACUUUUUUUUGUGUGUAGAUUAAAUAAAUUCAGAAUUGCUGCAUUGCUCCUGGAAUGUGCAUUUGGGAAAGAUUCAGA